UUCUCUGUUUAUAUUUGAAAUCAGUCGAAAUUGGACCGUUGACAAGUGAACAAGUGCUUUAGCAUCAUCGUCAUCAUAACUAAAUAGAGCGUGUGACCAUCGCGUAUCACAAACGUAGUUUGCGCUUCACACUUGAGAGAAAAGUUCAUUUUAAAAGUUUUGUUUUACAAAUUCGCCAAAAAAUCAAAAGUCCUGAUCGAAUGAGAUUUUGCACUCUGAUUAGAUGACUUUUUGCAAAAGAAAUGUAAACGUGGUGCGAUUUCUUUAAAAGUAAACGCAUGCUGAGAAAGAAAACGAGAGCGAUCGAAUCGGAGUACAGGUGAAUCAGAGUGGGAUAGCAACACAAAGCAAAAUACGAAUAAUAUUCGAGCCAAAGUUGUGUGAAUAAAAGAAAAUAUCGUACGAUAUAACGUUUACACCAAGACUGUAAAGGCCCCGCUAAUCACACAGACACAGACAUCACACGUACACUGAAUCACACGGAGAUCGGUCGCUACGAGUACCAUACACACUGUGUCCGAACACAUUCGUCAAGAGCAAUAAACCUCUACACUUUUUACUUCGUCGGUUGGCAUUUUUUGUUCGUAAGCAAAUUUUUCGUUCGUUUGAUGUUUAUUGGAUUAAAUUAAAAAUAAUUGCUGUUUUUCCACUCUCUUGUUUCGCCGUACCGACGAACCGUUCCGACACAUGAACCGGGACAUGCAUUGAGUGCGACAAAAAAUAAAACCGACGGCCAGCUAAUAAAAAGAAACAAGCACAUAGAGACAGAGAAGUAGCCGCAGUGCCUUUGUCUCUUGCCAAUGAAUAAUUUGUUAUUGUUUGCCUGGUAUUCGAAUAAAAUCCAGAUCGCUUGAAAAAGAACAUAAUUGGAUGCGAAUGGGUCGCAUGUACAGCAUCAUCAGGUUUUCUUCGGACGAACGGUUGGCUGGUGCGAAUAAUCCAGAAAUUCGUUACGAGUGUGUUGCGCUCUCGAGACUCAUGAACGUGGGAUGAUUUACGUAUUGAAGACUGUACCAUCAUCAACCGAGGACUCAUUUCGAAUGUAUUAUCCGACGGUUGCAGUUUAGAGUAGAGCAAACGAAUGCAGUACGGUUUUUUGUUUCUGCUGUGAGUGUAUCGCGCGCGCGAGUGUUGCCUAAUUGUUCGGCUCGUUUUUUUUUUAUGCACUCUUAACUCAUAACGCGAACAUCACCGACGUCAACUUAAGUGGUGUGUAAGUGAGAAGCAACAGUAGUCAAACUAGAGCCAAUAGAGAGUCGGAUCGGUAACGUCGUGAGAGCGUCAUCAUAACACGCGACCAAGAGAGCGACAAAAUACGAAUAUAGCAAGACAUCGGACUGUGUGUAAACGGUUUAGCAGCAUAAAUAUAAAUCAGCACUCAAUAAAAGAAAAGAGAAGCAUUCUCGUGCGGCGGCCACAGCAACGACGACGAUAACAACGAUUCGACACUGAAAAAGAAAGACUCGUCCGAGUGCAGUCUACAAUUCUCGGGAGUAGAGACAGCACAUGCAGAUAGAACGAUUUUAUAAGCAAAUAGAGGGCAGUUAAAUAUUAUCAACAAAAGCGACUACAUUAUCCAGCACGCGGACGUGAAAAAAACGCAAACUUUUCACGUUCUGUUUUUUAUAUCGUGUGCAAACAAAAAAAAACGUUUUGGUUUUUAUGGGUUUUUCGUUUAUUUCAUAUUCCGUGUAUCAGUCAACUCCUCUUCAGUUUUGUGCAAAUUAAAACCGUUUUUUUUUGGUUCGUUUGUGAAUUUUAAUGUUAUAUGCAAUAUAAUUACGCGGAGCAAGUGAAAAGAAACGGAAAAACUGGACUUAUUCCGGGAUGACAACACAAUAAAAGAACCCACCAGGUACAAGCAUUACCGAGAAUAAAUCAGAUUUGUCGUUCCAAAGUGAUACUGCGAAAAAGGGACACAUUUCAAAUAGCAACGGCAAAAAGUCCUUCUUCCAUAUAUAUAUAUAUAUAUAUAUAUAUAUAUAUAUAUAUAUAUAUUUACAUCGUUUGGAAGGGAAAGAAACACAAACCGCAUCUCUGCCGUCGAACCAAAAUUCAUACACUUCAAACGCAGAUAACGAAAGAAAAAAAAAGUUUCACUCGAAAUUGUAAAGUAAUCAUAAACAUCAUAUAAAACAAACAUCUUUUUUUCGGUAAUUUUCGUCAUUAUUUUUUUUUUCCUACCAAAGAAAUUCGGGAAAAUCAAAAGGUGCAUUUAAAACUUAGUUUGUGUGACAUUUUUAAUUUUCGUGUUGAGUCAGUUUUGUUGACAUUCGUAAAUGUAAUUUGUAUUGAGCCGAUUUGCAAUUGAGCAUCGUAUGCAAAAAUCGGUCGGUUUUUAUUUUGGACGGCAAAGCGUUGUAACAUUGAUUUUGUUUUGCCGUCGCACAUAAUUCGCUGUUUGCGACAAUAAAACCGUCUCAUUUGUGUGUUACGCAAUUCAACCUAUCAGAAUCAGCUGGAGAUUACGUGGUUUGUUUGAGUCUGAACUUCUAGUCUAAACAUGAACGGCAUUAAUAACAGAAAUCUGUUGGGAUUUUUUUCAACCAUUUUAAUUGGUCUAUGUAAUUAUGUCAAAAUGGAGACCUGUGAUUUCAACGAACUCGUAUCGUGUACACGUCCACUAUCGGAGAUUUCCGAAUUUUCUGGCCUAUCGUUUCUUUCGAAAAAAUCGGAUUUGGACAAACUUUGCCCCGAUUUACUGGCCGGAUUAGAGUGUAUCCAAAGUUAUACGAGACGAUGCAUGAACCAGGAGCAACGGAACCAUUUCAAUCAGCUGUAUCACGGUACGGGAGAAGUUAUUCACGAGUUGUGUGACUCAGAUUCAAAAUAUCAGGAAGAUUUCCUUAGACACGCGCCAUGUUUAUUGCACGUGCAAAAUAAAUACGAGGAAUGUUCGAAGCAUUAUCAGGAUACACUUGCGAAGCUGCCGGAUCCAUCGCCGAAUGCCACUCACAAAGCGCUCGAAGAAGUUUGCUGCUCUUUCCGCGAGUACAUCUCAUGCACAGAGCACAUAGUGAAACACACUUGUGGCAAGGAGGCAGCACAUUUUACGCGAAACAUCCUCGAUAGAAUAUCAUUCUCGUUGAUGCGGUUACAUUGUGAAAAAUUUAAGCCGAAGCCGGGAAAAUGCGGUGAACCGUACUACUCUCAUUCGUCAACCAUUCACUCGACCACAGCUGCAUUGCUGUUUUUCGUAACGACCAUAUCAAAUAUUUACCCAAUACUCAAAUUCAUUCCAGCGGUAUUCUAACGGAACGGAACACACGACCAAAAAAAAAAAAAUUGUGAGAUUGUCCGGUCACAAGCAAAGCAAAGAUUCUUCAUCAGUCUAGUGUAAAAUUCAGGAUUUAGUUAGUCGUAUUGAAUUGUUUAUUUAUAAAUAGUUGCAUAGAUACAGUUAAAUACACACGUUGCAGUGUUGGUGAGUGUUAAAGGAAUGGUUCAUGCCAUUUGCAAUACCGUCGAUUGUACUGUGACUCAAUUUGUUGUCCAGCUUCGAAAUUUCUUUUAGUGCAUACAAAAAUAGACGUUGCUUCUUUGAGAUUAAUGCAUUUCCGGUGAACAUUAUCCGUACAAGGAUGAUCAAAAUGUCAACGUUUAUUCGACUUAAAUGAAAUGUAUUUCUUCUGUGACUAAUCAACGGAAUUUAAAAUGUACGGUCAACAGUGACAGAAAAUGGGCUAUUACGCAUGGAAUUGCUUAUUCGUAGAUAUUUCAAUCAGAGAAAAAAAAACAUGAAGAAAAAUGUUUGACAGUUGAACGUGAAUAAAUUCAAUUAGAUUUUUCGAGCUCCUGUUCGAAACUGAGCUCAGAAUGUGAGAGAAAUUACACACAUCAUGUUUACAUAUCAUCGCAUAUAAUAAUUUAUAAAACUAUUAUAUUAUAAUCUACUGCAUAUGCAUAUUUAAAUGUAAGAUCUGCCAUUUGAUCUUUAAAUAUUAAAUGUAUCCAAAUAUGAAUAGAAAUGUCACGCUAAUGGAUGAUAUGAUAUCAAUUGUAAUUACUUCAAAUUAAAUAUUUAAAAAUAUUACUAUAACUGAUGCAUUUUGUUUAAAGUUGUCAUCACUAAUAGCGAUUCCUUGUAAAAUGUAUCGCAUUCGUUAUCAAUGUCGUUAAUUUGUUAUCUUCAUUGAAAAUCAUUCGUUUUUUUUCUUCUCAUUCGAAUAUUAUUCGAUCAAUUGUAUUAAGUUAAAAACAUACGCAAUCGAAAAUAAAGCAAAGGCCAAAGGCCAAUAUACAA